CGGAGACAAAUGAGUGCGUAUAUUCUAUUGAAUUUCGUUUCGAUAGUGCACAGCUCCUGCCCUCUCAGGACGUCGCUGAAGUUGCAAUUGCAAGGUGCUCUUUGGCUCCCGAACCUCAAUCCACCAAACACCCACACCCACACCCACGAUCACCUCUCCCAAGACCGCUUACAACCACCAUAAGAGAUUCGACCAUGCAGUCUACCACCCCACUCUCCCAAGGCUUGCUCGACCUUCCGGCUGAAAUACGAAUCAUCAUCUACUCCUUCCUCCUCAUUUGCCGUAGCAACAGCCACGUCUCCAUCUAUCACAACUCCACGCUUACCCGGAAUUACACCAGCCACAUUACCGGUCUCAGUCGCAGCAUUGCCAUCCUCCGCGUCUGCAAGUUGAUUCAAAAGGAAGCAGCGCCCGUGCUCUAUGGCAGCAACAAAUUUGUGUUCUGCUCCAUGUUCUUUCCCAAUUUCUUGGCGCAGAUUGGCAUCAAGUCGGUAUCGCUUCUGCGCGAAGUCGAGCUAAAUUGCAUCAUAUAUCAGGAAGGGCUCGGUCGUGGUGCCCGCAUGCUUGGCUCAGCCGUGUCGAUGAAGAAGUUGACGUUGGGAAACGACUUGUGGUCGCCUGAACGUCCAAAACUCAUGGCAUAUACACUGUGGCCAAUGGUGAAGAGUCUCGAUGCUGCGCGGAAGUCGAAGUCGUGCCCGACGCAAACUCAGACCGACGUUCUGGAAAUCUUGGAAUUUGUGCAGCAGGUCUUCUCGGAGGAUCAAUUGCGACUACCAAAGGAACAGGCGAGAGACGAGGCUGUCAACUUUACCAGUCAAGUCAGGGAGAUUCUACGAGAGAAUCUGCUCCUCGGCGCUUAG